AGCAAGCCUGCUGAAUCAAAACAAUGGCCGACAGGCACACUGGUAUUUUACUUAUUGUCAUAUUUUUUAUGUUUAACGGGUGACAUUCACAGUCUCUGUGUAAGAAACUCUUACCCUGAUGGAUAGAUGAUAGAUGAGUUAUGUGAAUUUUGAAAGAAAGAAGCCAGUUGUCAAGGCCGCUUUUCGCUACCAAAAUGAGCGACGUUGUGGAGAAAACCCUGACAGCUCUGCCGAGCCUCCUGUCUUUAGAGUCUCAGCCUGGAUCUGCAAAACUGUCCUCCACCUCAAAACUAGGGAAUCUCAUCAGAGGGAUCACCGAACUAACGUCCAAACAUGAAGAAGAGAGACUUAUUCAGCAUGAACUAGUGUCUAUCAAAGAACGGGUGUCCUCCCCCAACACUUCCAUGAGGCAGAUGAAGGAGCUCAUGGUGAGAGCGAUCUACUGUGAAAUGCUGGGUUAUGAGGCUUCUUUCAGCUAUAUUCAUGCUAUCAAACUGGCUCAACAAGGCACUGUUCUGGAGAAAAGAGUUGGUUACCUUGCUGUAUCCUUGUUUCUGAACGAGAGUCAUGAGCUGCUGCUUCUCCUUGUUAACACUGUGUUAAAGGAUCUUCAGAGCACAAACCUUAUUGAAGUGUGCAUGGCUCUAACUGUUGUCAGCCAAAUAUUUCCCAAAGAUAUGAUACCUGCAAUCCUCCCUCUGGUGGAAGAGAAACUUAAUCACCCAAAAGAAAUCAUUAGAAGAAAAGCAGUCCUGGCACUUUAUAAAUUCUACCUAAUAGCACCGAAUCAAGUUCAACAUAUCCAUAACAAGUUUCGCAAAGCUCUUUGUGACAAGGAUCCUGGUGUGAUGACAGCCUCACUACACAUCUACUUACAGAUGAUCCAGGAGAAACCAGAAGGCUAUAAGGACCUGACUGCAAGUUUUGUCACCAUAUUGAAACAGGUGGUGGGAGGGAAGCUGCCCAUGGAUUUUAAUUAUCACAGUGUUCCUGCUCCAUGGCUUCAAAUCCAGCUUCUCAGAAUACUGUCCUUACUUGGGAAAAAUGACCAGAGUACAAGUGAGGUCAUGUAUGAAGUCCUUGACGAGUCUAUGCGAAGAGCCGAGAUGAACCAUAACAUCACCUAUGCAAUAUUAUACGAGUGUGUAAAAUGCAUUUACACAAUUCAUCCUAAAUCUGAACUUUUGGAAAAAGCUGCAAAGUGCAUUGGCAACUUUGUUCUGUCACCGAAGAUAAAUCUCAAAUAUCUAGGCUUGAAGGCUCUCACCUAUGUGGUCCAGCAGGAUCCUAAACUGGCCCUGCAGCAUCAGAUGACCAUCAUAGAAUGUCUUGAUCACCCCGACCUCAUCAUCAAGCGUGAGACACUGGAGCUGCUCUUUCGGAUCACCAAUGCCCAGAAUGUCACAGUCAUUGUUGAGAAGAUGUUGGAGUUUCUGCAGAUGAGUAAAGAUGACUACACUACCAUUGACCUGGUGGGGAAGGUGGCAGAACUGGCAGAAAAAUAUGCGCCAGACAAUGAAUGGUUCAUUGAGACCAUGAACACAGUGUUUUCAGUGGGUGGAGACAUGAUGCAGCCUGACAUCCCAAACAGUUUCCUUAAACUGCUCUCUGAGGGAUUUGACAGUUUGGAGGAAGACAGGAAGUUGAGGCUGUUUGCAGUGAAUUCAUAUGUUUCUUUGCUACAAGGAGAGCCAGGCAAACUGCCCCAGCGCUUCCUCCAAGUCAUCAGCUGGGUCCUUGGUGAAUACUCCCACUUGAGAAAGGAACUGGAACCAGCCACAAUCAUGAUGCUGCUGGCCAAACUGCUGGACAUGAAGCAAACCAGCAAUGAAACCAAGAGCUGGGUCCUCAUGGCAAUGAGCAAGCUCUGUGAGGGUGGGGCAGGUAUUUCUGUGGCUCAGGAGGUUUCUGAAACAUACAGCAGCUCAAUGGACACAGUGCUGAGACAGAGGGCUCAGGAACUGCAGCACCUCAGCCAAGACUCUGAGCUAUAUGCCAGGGUGCUGCCUAGAGAUGGUGGCCUGGAGCCCCUGGAGGUUGAUUCCUCUUUGUCAUUUCUGGAUGGAUUUGUGUCAGAGGCGUUGGCUGCUGGCGCAGCUCCAUACAAGCCUCCCCAUCAGCGGCAGGAGGAACUAGCUCAGGCAAAAGCAUUGAGCCUGGAGCCAUAUGGCCUGUCCCUGCCUAUCAGCAUGUCUUCAUGCAGCAUUGCGGACAGACAGUCUCCUACCCUGCUGUCCAUGAGCUCUGGUCUGUCAGGAGACAGCACCGACCUCUCACACAAAGGAGGAUCUACAGCUCUGAAGCUGGAUGGAGUGAAGAGGGUGUGGGGGAGGGAUGGCUACCUGGUGCAGAGGGAACAUAUGGAAGAGGUUGUGCAGGUUGAGGUUCCCAGUCCCCUCCUGUCCCCCGGCCAGCAGGCAGAGGCCGACAGCUCGCACAGACAGACUCCCAGAGCAGCGCAGACCCCUGAGCCUGAACAAGAGAAACAACAGCUGGUGUCUUCGCUCUUUGUCGGCAUCAGCCCCCAGAGCUCUAUUGGAAAAUCUGAGCCAACAGCCCAGCGACUUAGAAGAAAAGCCAAAGGUCAGGGCUCAUCUUCUGUAGCCAGCAAGCAAAUAUCCAACUCCCUCGUCUCUCCGCCCAGCACUGUGGAUAACUUGCUGUGUAACAACCUGCUGGACUCCAGCAUCAACCCAGAGCUGGCAGGUUCCUCCCCUGAACACACAUCUGAACUCACUGCUGCUAAUGGCACCUGCGAAGUAGAAGCUGAGUUAGCUGACAGUGGCAUAAGGGGAGCUGAGCUCUCUGUCCUUGAGGAUAAUGGUUUGGCGGCUGAUGCUCUUGUUUCACAUAAAGACCCAAACAGACAAAAACACUUGUGUCUAAGUUCUCAUCUUCCUGCAGAGCUCUCUGGACUCUCCUGCUCAGACAUUACUCUUCUGUGCUCCAACCAAAGGCUGGAUCUCUCAGCCUGUCAUGUACUGAAAGAGGAUUCCUUAGUGCUAGUUGUUUUCAUUACAAAUUCCCAGGUACUACUAGAUCUUGACUCAGAACAACUUGAGGUAUCCUGUGUGUCUGACAGUGCAGUGGAGGUGGUGAGAAGCCACGAUGUAGCAGUGUGUCAGUAUUCCCUGAUUGUGAAGAGACCUUCAGUUCACGUUGAAGUGGUCGGGACGGUUUCUUACCAGUUCCCUGUCGGAAGGCCUGAAGCAAUGCAGGUCUUAUACAAACUUCCUCUCACCAGCUUCAUCAGACCCUUGACAGUGUCCACCGAGGAGUACGGGACGAUGUGGCUGGCGUUCUCUCAUGAUACAAAGCAGAAUCUGACACUGAUAAGUGACGGCCAAGAACCUCUCACAGCCACACUGAAUGUACUGAGGAAGAAACUUCAGCUUCAUGUUGUGGAAAUCAUAGGAAAUGAAGGUAUUGUAGCUUGCCGGCUCCUCCAGGCUCAGCCAUGUCUGAUGCACUGCCGUGUGUAUGCUGGUGCGCUGGCUGUGUGGCUGCGCUCUCCGGUCCCCGAUCUGCCCGACUGCUUGAUCUAUCAUUGUCAGAGAGCUUUACAGGAGCACUGAGCCCCAACUGCAAAACCUUAACUGAUGCCACUGAGCAACCGGAGCACUGCACCCUCAACCACUGAAGAGGAAGGUAUAUAGAAUGCAUGACAUCUGAUGUUGAGCAUUCACAUCUUUAUAGCUCACUGUUUACCAUUUGUUUAUCUCUUCCACUGUGUGUUGCUUAGCAGGUUUUGGAUCUUUUGGUUUUUAACAGCUAAAUUAGUAGUAGGUAAUAACUUCCAGACCAUAAGACUGUUUAUUUGGCCCCAUGUGGGUGUUUGGUAUUUCAGAAUAACACUGAUGUCUUCACAUAAUUACAAUGCUCUAGAAUGACUUGAACACUUUAAUGCUGAAAACACUGUUCAUCUGUGAAAUCAAUACUAUGUAUGAAGUUCCUGGUAUAGGGGGAAAGUCCCGAAUUCAGAUUGAUGGCAAUAGUUUUAAGAAUCAGGUAUUUUAUGGUUUAGAACAAUCAUGACAGAACAGUGACGCUCAUUUAUAUCUAAAUAAGACAAAGGCAAAGGUUGGAUUUUUCAUUUAGCAUGUUAAAACAUUUUGCUGUUAAUAAAAUAGGUCAUUAUUUUCAGGUUCUUCAGAGCUAAUUCAAAUGGAAAAAUUUGCAGUUUCUUUUCAAGAGAAUCUGGUCAUCUGCUGAACUUUCAACGUAACAACAAAGGUUUACAUUUUUUGCUUGUCUAAAACAUCACAUUAUGCUGACAUUAACAUCUAACUGCAGCGGUUACAUUUAAUUCUUACGGCCACGAUGAAUAUUUUGUCUUAUAGCAGGAUCGCACUCUGUGAUUCCCUUAUUGUCAGUUUAUCAUUAUGACGAUGUUGUGCAGGCACUGCCUUCUGUGUGAUAUAAUUAUCUAUGCACACAUGUUUCUGGUUUGUAGUUUCUGUGAGAGGUGGAUUUUAGCGGUCAUUGAUUAUUAUAUUUUUGUAUCAAAGCAAUAUUAAAAGAUAUUUAUUGGGUUUAUACAAAAUAUUUUUAAUUUCAAUGAAAAGAAAAAAAAAGAGCUUGUGCUUCUCUUUUGAUUGCACUGUGCCAGAUUUUCAGUUUGUACAACAUGUCUCAGCUUGUUUCAUUUAGUUCAACCUGAAGGGAAAGUUUACCUUGGUUCUUUUUUGCCUGUGUCUUUAUUUAUAACCCAGCAUCUAAAAUCCAGUUUUAAACCAAUGCCUUCUGUUCAAACUCCAGGGGGUGUGUUUGAUUUGUGCCUGUGGCACAUAGGAAACUCGUUGUUUCAUAGAGUACCUGUCACUACGUUCUGCUAACUUAUCAAUAAAUUCUACACAUGUA